AUGAACGAGAUAUUUCCGGCUGAUCUCGCAGUUUACCUCUUUCUGACUCCCUUUGUGCUCUAUGUUUAUUGGUCUCAUCGAUGGAUUGGUUGGCUAGCUUGGACCAACCUGGUCGUUUUCUGUAUUGUGCGAAUAGUCGGGGGUGCUAUGGGAGUGAACGACAGCAGUAGCAUCGCAGCGAACGUCAUAUCCGGGAUAGGAAUGUCCCCACUAUUGUUGGCCAUCGAUGGACUUUUACAUGAAGCUCGGUAUUACCGCCAUCCAGAACACAACGUUCUCCUCGGUCGGAUAGUGAUCAUUGCGAUCACUGGUCUUAUGGGCGCUGGUCUCGGUCUUAGCAUUGGAGGAUCAUUGCAGGUGUACCAGGGUAAAGGGACGGCUACGGACCUGUCGCACUGGAAGGUGGGAACGGGCUUAGUUGUCGCUGUCUGGGCGAUGGAAGUGGUGUGGGCAAUCUUCUCCCUCCUGCCAUCUCAGUGCAAGAAGGAUGCUCCUGGCUAUAAAGACGGUACAAAGCUUAUGUACGGUGCUCUUGUUGCCAUCGUAUUCGCCGGUGUUCGGGUUAUCUAUAAUCUGGUCGCAGUUUGUACACAGAGACAGGACUUGAGUCCCGUAUUUGGAUCCGUCGCAGUGCGCGUUAUCCUCGUCUUUCUCCCUGAAGUGCUCGCUGCGCUGUCGAUGAUGUUCGCAGGGCUCCGGACCAGGAAUAUUCGAAAACACACGCAGGUGGCGGACAAGGAGGAGUCGAUCUCAGCCUAA